AGAGAUUUUAGUUUAGAUUUUUCACCGAGCAACUAAAAAUGAUCCAGAUGCUUAUUUUUUUCUGUUUGAGCUGCUGUCAUCUGAUCGGUGUGUUUGGUUCUAAGACAAAUGAAACACAGUCAGUGAUGGAGGGUGAUUCUGUCACUCUACACACUGAUGUAACUGAAAUACAUGAAAAAGAUGUAAUAAUGUGGAAGUUUGGAGCAGAAAAGUCUCUGAUAGCUCAAAUAAAAAGAGCCUCUGAAAUCUUCUCCACAUUCCCUGAUGGGAGAUUCAGAAACAGACUGAAUCUGGACAGACAGACUGGAUCUCUAACCAUCACAAACAUCACAACUCAACACGCUGGACUCUAUGAAGUAGAGACCAUUCUAGCAAAAAUUUCAUCAAAAACUUUCAGUGUUUCUGUCUUUGCUCGUCUUCCUGUUCCUGUCAUCAGCAGAGACUCUUCACAAUGUUCUUCAUCAUCUUCUUCAUCACAGCAGAUUUGUUCAUUGUUGUGUUCAGUGGUGAAUGUGGGUCAUGUGACUCUCUCCUGGUACAAAGGAAACAGUUUAUUGUCCAGCAUCAGUGUGUCUGAUCUCAGCAUCAGUCUCUCUCUACCUCUGGAGGUGGAAUAUCAGGAGAAAAACAGCUACAGCUGUGUGAUCAACAAUCCCAUCAGAAACCAGACCACACAUCUGGACAUCAGCAAACUCUGUCACACAUGUUCAGGAGUUUCAGUUUCUCUGAUAGUGCUGAUAUCUUCUGCUGCUGGAUCUCUGUUGAUUGUAACUGCACUUGGGAUCUUUUAUUUCUUCAGGAAAAACAGCAAAACUAAUCAAGAAGGCAAGUGUUAA